CUGGUGUGUCCCCGCUAACAGACAAACUGUUUCAAGUUCGAACAAGUUGGUGACGCAUUCUUGAGCUCGCCACGUGCAGUGGUGUGGAGCCUUUCUACAUUCUGUUACGAUGUCAGAAAAUCACUGCAGCGUAUAAGUACUCAAAUAUGUGAGGGUCAGGUUUAAGAAGCACAGCCGAAUAGCUCAUGCAUGUGGCUUCUUUGCAGUCUCGAUCGUGAUGUUGGUGAAGUUUGAUACUCUUUUCUAAAGAAGUGGUUCUCAACACAGGUGCACCAGGAAGUAGGUCUGAUUAGAGCCUUUCUUGUAAAACAUAGUGUCAACCGUAAAACAUAGAGGGUGAUGGUUUCCUCCUCUCUGUUAUUAGUCCGCAUACUCAGAAGUCAGAAAGAACUUGUUCGUUAUAUUGCAUGACUAGGAUUUACAUCUGCAAGUCUUAGGAAUCGAUUCCUUACCGCCAGACUGGAUCAGUGGGGAGUGGAGCUUGCGGAGGGAGUUUAAAUCGCUGAGAAUGAGCAACUGAGCACGAGUCAUUGCAAAGCAGGAAAGAGUGUCUCGAUUACAACCAUGCCAACGGCACAGGCAGCAACGAGAAUGCCUAACAAUAGUGACCGAGGGUAUGAGCACCUGCGGUCAAAAAGUUUGCCAAUGUACGGCGGUGGUCGAUGGGGUACGAUAGUCAAACCACAAGCCGAAUCACACGAAUACAACCAGAUGUCAAACACCAUAACACCAGCUCAUAAGUACAUACCCGCGCCAGUGGGUUGCUCAGAAUGCGAAAAGUUCUGGAAAGCACUUAUCCUCGAGAUUGAGGAAAAACACACGAGCAAGGCACCUGAAGGGAAAGCAUCACUGAGACUAGUCAAAGGGAUCGCUCGCAGCGAACUCCGAGUCAAGCCCUCAAAGCACGUAACAUCAGAGAGAGGAUUCUUUUCAGGACUAGGUUGUAUCAAUUCCAAUGUCCACGGAGAUUCUUUCACUUCGAUGGUUGGAUCAAUAUUCAACUUGUGUCAACCGCGUCCAUCUGGCACGGGAAAAACCAAUUCGGAUUCGACCUUAGCCAACAGAGGUAGAUGUCGUGAAUUCCCGAAGGCAAAGCUAAACGUGACAACGAUGAGGACCAGUCCUACGGUUCCAGCAUAUGGUGAUCCAUCGAAUGUUCGGCCAUUUGUGUUCCAGUCUAGCGCGUGCGUUGUGCCAAAACAGGUUGGAUUGGAUAGGACUGAAGCAUAUAACGGCGUGAGAUCCACUCCUCCGCAGAGAGAUGAUGGAGACAGAUUCUAUCCUGAGCCUCCUACAUCGUGCCUCAGCAGCUGUGUCCGAAACCGUAGCCGUCAUUUAUCGAUGCCAACCAUGAUAUCGACAUCAAGCCAACUACAUGCGAAAGGCGAUCGCCAGGAUAUGUAUCAAGGACUGAAGCAGGCAGGAAAGAACUUCAAACCUAUCCUCAGACGCUUUCAUUGUAAUCGUCAAAUGGAUGAAGCACGAAGCAAUCCAUCAACGCCACCACAAUACGCCACAAUUUACAAUGAGGACUUCGAGACCAGUCGAUUGAAGCCUUUCCCACCUUCGUCAUCAAGUUCUCAUGCACAAGGCCACAACAGAGCUCAACCGCGGAAGAUCUUGAGCCCCUCAACUACGCCGGGGAUGUUCCAUCCUUCGCCGAAGGAGAAAUCAAUAUCACAAACGCCACGAGCUUCUGGGUUGCAGCAGAUGGGUGCGGAGGGUUAUUCGUAUCACUGUUCCCCUCAAACGUCACUAGAGACCUCAAGCUCGAGAUGGAGACGAGAUCCACGGAUUCUCGACGAGGUCCACAGCAAAUUGCCUAAUUCAAGCGCAACCCACACUUUGUCACAGUCAGGUCACACCUAUGCAGUCGAUGUGGCAGCCUCAAAGCACGGCCCUUCGCAUCAAGAUGUAUCCGUGAACUCUACGCCCUCAAGCAACCACUCCACGCAGGAAGCAAGUCAUGACGACAUCCCAGGCUUUUCCUCUGCGACAACACUGAGUCCCGUGUCUACAACAGAGAGUGGAUACACAUCCUUGAGCUUCUCGACAUCGAACUACUCCUCCUCCUCCGCUUCCUCAACUCCCAGGGGAGAUAACCAGGGCUCUCGAACUUCAACCCCAGGGUCGAAGACGGACAGACCCAACUACAUAAGUUUUCAAGCCUGGGAGCCAGCGUCAAGCGCAGACAGCGACAGAGACGUGGAACUGAUUCUACCGACAAGCUCGUGGAACGUGAAGGUUCCGCACCGUAGAAUCAACGUGAAUCGCUCUGCAACGUCCACACCGGCCAUGUUGACACCGCUUGUACUCUUCACGGGCCAUGGCUGCCGAUCUGAGACGGACGACGACUGGGAAGACGAGGAGGACUCCGACGAUGAUGCGAUCACAAAAUCCUGAAGGCUUCAAACUCGUCGUCUCCAACGGGACCUGUCGCGAGCACGUCUUCAGUCCACGAAAGCCCUCUCUCGGAUCCCAAGUUUACGAAGACUUCCUCUUGGAUCCCUGGUUUGCUGCUUCGGUGGACGUUGCGUUAUCUUAGUCUACGCUUUGUUUUAGCAACAGUCCAAAACAGAUUGUGAAUUUCUUUUAUAUAUUUUUUUCUUUUCUGAGGGGUGGGUUUUCUUAUGUUGUGAAGAUUGAGUUCUGCACAAAUCAUGUUUCCAAUGUUUAUAAGUGGAUUUAAUAAUAUAUGUUCAAUCAUCAAAAAAUAAAAAUAAAAAUAAAAAAUCGA